CGUCCUCCUCCUGUCCCCGGCAUGCACCAUAUGUCACUUCGUCCUUCCUUUGUUCCAAUGCGAGUCCCCCUGCUGUCUCCUCCUGCAUCCUCACUUGCUGACGGUCCGGACCCUGAGUCUGACUUAGUUAGUGCUGCCAGCCCUACUCUCACUCGUCUUCUAACCACUGGUGUCACUGACCCUUCGUUUGAGUUCACUGCAACAUCUGCCCUAGUUGCUGAGCUUAUUGACUUUGCUGCUGCGUGUUGUCUCGACCACACCGCUAAUCUUGUUGCUGAGUAUGAUUCUGUCUGUCCUCCGUCCGUAGGGGGUGAGUGUGCUCUUGGCACGGACGUCCUUAAGGACAGGCAGGAGGACUUUGAGUGCUUUGCAGCUGCUGUACCUCAUCUCAUGUCCAUGCUGAUUGCACCUGAGGGAGACCCGGAUGCACCAGACACCCCGACCCCGAGCUCCUACCCGGAGGCGAUUUCGGGUCCCUACCCCUCUCAGUGGCAGACAGCCAUGGACGUAGAGAUGGCAUCCUGGAAGUCCACAUGCGCUUAUGUCAACGCAAUUCCCCCUCCUGGGGCGAACAUUGUCGAUGGCAUGUGGAUUUUCAGGGUGAAGCGGCCGCCGGGUUCUCCGCCUGUCUUCAAGGCGCAUUACGUUGCACGAGUCUUCAGUCAGCGACAGGGAGUUGACUUCUUCCAAAACAUCUCCCUUACCCCGAAAAUAACCACUCUUCGGGUGCUGCUACACUUCGUCGUCAGCGUGAAUACGAGCUUCACUCUCUUGACUUCAGCACAGCUUUCUUAUAGCCUGCACGACGAGAUCUGGCUGCGCCGCCCACCUGGCUUCACUGGGUCGUUUCCUGCAGGCACCCAGUAG